AUGGACACUAAAGAGAUACGAAAGCUCUUGGAAAAAAACGAGCAAACAAGUCUUUUCGCUAGACUAUGUUCUUGGUCACUCAAAGAUAUCCUCAACGAAGAUCUCUCCAAGGAAAAGAUAAUGACAAUACCAGACAGAUUUAGUUCCGUUGAUGAAUACUCUCAGUGUUUUGUUCCUCAUUUACUCGAGGAAACACGAACUGAGUUGUUCUCGAGCUUCAGAUCUUUAUCGAAAUCUCCUGUCUCACGAAUACUUUCUGUGGAGACAAAAGUGAUUGAAUAUAGUGGAAGGUCAUCGAUCAAGUGGUUCCAUGAUAUUAAAUUAAUGGAUUAUGCAGACGAUAAAAACGAAAUAUAUGAGCCAAAGUGUGGAGAUAUUAUUGCACUGAGUCCUCUGAGUUUGACAGAAGAAAGGCCAAGAAUCGAUGACUUGGAUCCUUUACUUCUAGGUUACGUUUUCUCUGUGUAUGGUGAUUCUAAAAUCUCUGUUCACUUCUCUAGAUCCAUUUCUCAGAGUGAGAAACAUACAUUUUGCACAGGUGUUUUUCUCAUUAAUAUAACCACAAACACUCGAAUUUGGAACGCUUUACACAAGGAUGCUGCCGAUUCCACUCUGAUCCAGAGUGUCCUUCAGGAAGAUGCUUCGGCUACAGAACAAUGUUUUUCUUGUGAAAAUGAUGUUGAUGGUUCUGAUUCUGACCGUGUUGUCGAUAUAAUACGUUCAGCAAAACUGAACUCUUCCCAAGAAGCUGCGAUUUUGGGUUUCCUUAAGACAAGGAAUUGUAAACACAAGGAGAGUGUGAAACUGAUAUGGGGACCUCCUGGUACAGGCAAAACAAAGACGGUCGCGACACUUCUCUCUACUCUUAUGCAACUAAAGUGCAAAACAGUUGUAUGUGCUCCUACAAACACAACUAUUGUAGCAGUAGCGUCAAGGUUAUUAUCUUUAUCUAAGGAAACAAUUGUGUGUGCUCCAACCAACUCGGCUAUCGCAGAAGUAGUAUCAAGGUUCGAAUUCUCUACCUUAUUCUAUGGAACUUCUAUAUUAGAACGUACCACUUACGGUAUGGGGAAUAUAGUUCUAUCUGGAAACCGCGAGAGAAUGGGAAUUACGAGCAAUAAAGUUCUUCUCAAUGUGUUUUUUAAUGACCGCGUUAGUAAACUUGGUAGACUGUUUUUAUCUACUUGUGGAUGGAAGAAGAGGUUAGAGUCAAUCAUAGAUUUUCUUGAGAACACAGAGACUAAGUACGAGCAACAUGUAAAUGAACUAGAGCUUGAAAGAAUGACAGAAGAUGAAAAGAAGAAGGAAGAAGUUGAAGAGAGGACGAUGCAAGAAGUUGUAAACAUUCCAACAUUUGAGAGUUUGUGA